GGGAGGCAGCUGACAGGCGUCUUGCGGCUCCGCUUCAUGGCCGCUCUCCCGCGCAGCCUGCCCUGUGUGAGGAGCCGGGCAGCCCGCGGCCGUCUGCAGCCGGGGCCGGAGGCGGUCAGGCCGAGCUGGGACGUGCGAGCCGCGCCGCUGAGGCGCAGCAUGUGAAGCGGAGACGGCCUCGAGCGCGGGGCGAGCCUCUCAGCCGGCCGGCAUGGCCACGACGGCCGAGCUCUUCGAGGAGCCUUUUGUGGCCGAUGAAUACAUCGAACGUCUUGUGUGGAGAACCCCAGGAGGUGGGUCUCGAGGUGGACCUGAAGCUUUUGAUCCUAAAAGGUUAUUAGAAGAAUUUGUGAAUCAUAUUCAGGAACUCCAGAUAAUGGACGAAAGGAUUCAAAGGAAAGUAGAGAAGUUAGAACAACAGUGUCAGAAGGAAGCUAAGGAAUUUGCUAAGAAGGUCCAAGAGCUUCAGAAAAGCAAUCAGGUUGCCUUCCAACAUUUCCAAGAACUAGAUGAGCACAUCAGCUAUGUAGCCACCAAAGUGUGUCACCUUGGAGACCAGUUGGAAGGGGUAAACACACCUAGACAACGUGCAGUGGAGGCUCAGAAGUUGAUGAAAUAUUUUAAUGAGUUUCUAGAUGGAGAAUUGAAAUCUGAUGUUUUUACAAAUUCUGAAAAGAUAAAGGAAGCAGCAGACGUCAUUCAGAAGUUGCAUCUGAUUGCCCAGGAGUUACCUUUCGAUAGGUUUUCAGAAGUAAAAUCAAAAAUUGCAAGUAAAUACCAUGAUUUAGAAUGCCAACUGAUUCAGGAGUUUACUAGUGCCCAAAGAAGAGGGGAGAUCUCCAGGAUGAGGGAAGUAGCAGCAGUUUUACUUCAUUUUAAGGGUUAUUCUCAUUGUAUUGAUGUUUAUAUAAAGCAGUGCCAGGAGGGUGCUUACUUGAGAAAUGAUAUAUUUGAAGAUGCAGCAAUACUCUGUCAGCGAGUGAACAAGCAAGUUGGAGAUAUCUUUAGUAAUCCAGAAGCAGUACUGGCUAAACUUAUUCAGAAUGUGUUUGAAAUCAAACUACAGAGUUUUGUGAAAGAUCAGUUAGAAGAAUGUAGGAAAUCGGAUGCUGAGCAGUAUCUCAAAAGUCUCUAUGAUCUGUAUACCAGAACCACCAGUCUUUCAAGCAAACUGAUGGAGUUUAACUUAGGUACUGAUAAACAGACUUUCUUGUCUAAGCUUAUCAAGUCCAUUUUCAUUUCCUAUUUGGAGAACUAUAUUGAAGUGGAGAUUGGAUACCUGAAAAGCAGAAGUGCUAUGAUCCUCCAGCGCUAUUAUGAUUCAAAAAACCACCAAAAGAGAUCCAUUGGCACAGGAGGUAUUCAAGAUUUGAAAGAAAGGAUUAGACAACGUACCAACUUACCACUGGGGCCAAGUAUUGAUACGCAUGGGGAAACUUUCCUAUCUCAAGAAGUGGUAGUUAAUCUUUUACAAGAAACCAAACAAGCCUUUGAAAGAUGUCAUAGGCUUUCUGAUCCUUCUGAUUUACCAAGGAAUGCCUUUAGAAUUUUUACCAUUCUUGUGGAAUUUUUAUGUAUUGAGCAUAUUGAUUAUGCUUUAGAAACGGGGCUUGCUGGAAUUCCAUCAUCAGAUUCUAGGAAUGCAAAUCUCUAUUUUUUGGAUGUUGUACAACAGGCCAAUACUAUUUUUCAUCUUUUUGACAAACAGUUUAAUGAUCACCUUAUGCCACUAAUAAGCUCUUCUCCUAAAUUAUCUGAAUGCCUUCAGAAAAAAAAAGAGAUAAUUGAGCAGAUGGAGAUGAAAUUGGAUACUGGCAUCGAUAGGACAUUAAAUUGUAUGAUUGGACAGAUGAAGCAUAUCUUGGCUGCAGAACAAAAGAAAACAGAUUUUAAGCCAGAAGAUGAAAACAAUGUUUUGAUUCAGUAUACUAAUGCAUGUGUAAAAGUCUGUGCUUAUGUAAGAAAACAAGUUGAGAAGAUUAAAAAUUCCAUGGAUGGGAAGAAUGUGGACACAGUUCUGAUGGAACUUGGAGUACGUUUUCAUCGGCUCAUUUAUGAGCAUCUUCAACAAUAUUCCUAUAGUUGUAUGGGUGGCAUGUUAGCAAUUUGCGACGUAGCUGAAUAUAGAAAAUGUGCCAAAGACUUCAAGAUUCCAAUGGUAUUACAUCUUUUUGACACCCUGCAUGCACUUUGCAAUCUCCUGGUCGUUGCUCCAGAUAACUUAAAGCAAGUCUGCUCAGGAGAACAACUUGCCAGUCUGGACAAGAACAUCCUUCACUCCUUCGUCCAACUUCGUGCUGACUAUAGAUCUGCCCGCCUGGCUCGACACUUCAGCUGAGUUGAAGUCACAAAGGAAAUAUGUUGUAUUUUAGAAGGCCUCGGGUGAUGGAAGCACAGGAGAUUCCUUAUGACACAGCCAAUGUUUUAUCUGGAAAAAAUGACUGGAAGAAAGCAGCAGCCAUACUUACCCAGGAAUUUCAUUGAAAGUUGGACACCAUUAGCUAUAUUUUGCUUUUUAUCUUUUCCCUGUUACAUUGAAUUCCAUACUUUAAUUUAUAAAUUUCAAAUUCUAUAAACCUAUACGUGACUGUUUUAAUCCUGAAAAACGUUGGUGUGAGAAGAUGAAUGAAUUUCACCAGUGUUCUGGUUCUUGAUCUUUAACGCAUUCUCUCUGGAAACCCUACCAUUCCUGUUUUGAUUAAAGUAGGUGAAGUGCAGUAAAACUAUACUUCUUAUUUAUCAGUUCUUCAGUUAACUUUUUAGCACCGGUGAUUGUUAAUUAAGUUAUUAGAUUUCCCUAAAGAACUUGUGACAACUCAAAAAGAUCACAGUUGAGCAUCAUUUCUAUAAGUGGUUGGGGGGCUUUUCCUGAGGUACAGCAGUACUAGUCCAGGGAAAAUGUUAUGAACUAAACUGAAAUGAUGAACUGUUUUAAGUAGAUGGUAGGAACAAAUCAGAAUAUAUCUGCUUUCUGGGUAAAACUUCCAGUUUACUAUUUCUUAUUUGAUAAAUAGAUUUAAGCCAAUUAAUUAGUAAGAAAUUAAUGCAACUACCUUAUUUUAUAUUUAGCUUAAGGUGGAAUACUUUAAAGGACCAUGUUUGUUAUUUUAAUACUCUGAAUAAAAAAGUGACAUAUAGUGUAAACUGUAUUUAUGAAAAAUAGCAACAUGUUUAGCAACAAUGCAGUCAGUCUCUUAAGACCAACCUUGAAUGAAAUGGGAUGGCUAAAUAUUCAGUAGUCUUCUAUUUUAAGAGGAAUUGAGAAUUUCAGGUAAUAAAUAUUAUAUAUUCCAAGUUUGGAGCAAGCUCACAGCAAAAGCCUGCUUUUCAGUUCUGAAGAUUCUUUCACUGUCCAUUUUCAAGGCAUUUCUGAAGUUAUUCCUACUUGGAUAUUAUUGAUUGAUUGGCUUAAUAUGGUACAAUAAUAAAGCACUCACAAAAGUUUAAACAUCGAUAAAAAUUUAGAAAGGCCAUUGCUCUGUAAACCCUAUUAACUUACUCUAUGAGAAUACAUUCUAAGUUAUAUAUAGUCCAUUAUAUUGUUCAUGGUCUUCCAGGACCCAGGUAAGCUGUAAUAUUCAGUUCAUUCAUAGCAUUGUUUUCUCUUAAUGUAGGGUUUGGCCUAAUUUGGGGUGAAUUGUUUAUUUCUUCUGAAAACCUCACUCUGAAUAGUUAUCACCAUUACCAAGCUGUCUAAUCCAGAAUUAGCUACUGUACAAGUUACUGUUGACUGUAUUUCCAUUUUCUGUUUAGCCCAGUGUUACAAAGGUAAGCAAGGACAAUGAGCAUGCCAACUUUUGUCACUUUUAUAGGACAUUGUGGCAGUUUUAGAGGCUUUCCAGAAAGCAGUCCUCAGACCAGGGAGAGCCAGAACAGGUCCGGAUACUAGAAAAGAUCUAUACUUGUACUGUUGCCACUUUCGAAAGUACUGAUGUGAAUUCAAAUUAUACCUCUGUUACUUCAAGCCAACAGUUUUCAGGCAGUAGUUUUACUGGCCAUUUGAACUCUUUGUACAGUGUCAAUUUGUAAAAAAAAAGAAAAGAAAAAAAGAAAAGAAAAAAAUUAAAACAUGAGAUAACAUUUUAAGACUUCCAAAUCAGAGAAGCACUUCAAAUUAUUUUGUUUGAAUUAAUUUUUAAAAAUGUAAAGCAGUUACUUGUUUAGAUAUUUUGUUAAUUAUUAUUUCCAUGCUUGAGUUCUGUGCAAUAUUUUCCAUUAUGUCCACUGACAGGACAAAGAAAAUUCAAAGUGAAUACCUUAUUUAGAAGUGUUAACUUUCAUGCUCAAUAAACAAAUUCCCUGCAAUUGUUUUUUUAUUUCACCCAAUUUUUACAUUUUAAGAACAUCUGUAAUGAAUUAUAUAUUUGAUUUUUUACUAAAAGUAUUCCUUAUUUUUCAUAGUUUAGAUUUCUCCCCUUUUUUUAGCGGAAAGGAACAUGACUAUAUAAUUAAGAUUUAAAAAUCUAACUAGAAUAGGGUGUUUCUCUAAAGAAAUAAAAAUAUGUGUUGUAUGAACCAGUAUACAUUCUUUGCAUUUCACUCUUAAAGUAUUUACAUAUAUGGGCAUCAUAAAAUUUAGUUCAAAAUGUAUAACUCAAAAAAGAUUGUCAAUAGAUAAAAUGCUUUUAUACAUACAUGGGAAAUUUUUAGUUAGACAUAAUGGAGUUUAAUAAAUUUUACCAAAAUUUAAAUAAGAAUCUUUAUAAUAUCCCACAGUUCUGUGUGAACUACACAUAAUAUUUAAGUAUAAAUAUUUCAUUUAAAAUGUGCUCCAAAACACUGAAAAGUGUUUGUCUAAACUUGAGUGUCUUAAUUUGAGAUGCAGAACACAGACUUAAGAAGAAGGCUAGUUUCUGAAUUACUGGAAAUGAUAGAGCACACAAGUCCUUAUACAUAGGUUUAGGAUGGCCCCUGAAUUAAUUGAAAAUGGUAGAGUACACUAUGAGUCCUUACCAAGAAUUAUUAGAUUUUAUUGGGUGGAUCGAUUUUUAGAAUAUGACAAUGUAACCAUUCCAAGACAAUUACUGGCCUCCUUUAGGAAUGCCAUUGCUGUGAAUCCCUAGGGUCUUCCUUGUUUUAAAAAGUGCUGCUCACAUAGGUUAAAGGAGGUUAAGUUAAAUUUUAAAGAAGGUAAUUUGUGGUAUAUUUUCUUUGCUCUUUCCAUUUUUCUUUCCUUUUAUGCCUAAAUAUUUUACUUUCUGAAUACUAGCUUCUUAAACACAGUGAAGUAAAUUACCAGUCAAUAGAUUGAUUCAAAGUGGAGGAUUUACUGCUUCCUUGAGAUGUUUCUGCCUACAUUAGAGCACAUCCAGAUGAAGAGAGAAUGGCUCCUAAAAUAGCCCUGAACUUCAGAGUGGUCAUGUUCAUAAGGCUAAGACAUGCUUGAAUUGUUGGUACAAGAGUAAGGGGCACUCAACUUCAUGCCUUGUGACCAGAAAAGAUUGUAUCUCCUGAUUAACGUGAUGCUCUUACAAAAAUAUUCUGUCAUUGCCCACGCAUUGUUCACUGCUUUUUCGGGAGUGUGAGAUCUUUUCCAGAAGCCCCCUGGACUUACUUGACUUCUAACAGAGACUUUGGUAUACAAAGUACUCUGAUUUAUCCAGUUCGAAUUAUGUUCAGUUCCUUUACUACUGUACUUGAGAAGGCUUAUCCUACAAUUUACUACAUAUUUUGGGAAAGAAGACCAGUGCAUAUCAUUAUGCCAAAUAAUUUUUCAUGAAGUUAAAAACAGCCAUUUAAAAUUUUAACGCAUAGUAAAGGUAAUUAUAUCUACAUUUAUUGGACUUAAGUCUCAUGUGCUGUGCUAAGUCCUUUGCAUAUAUUAUUGAUUCCAGAGUAACUAUCAUUUGGGUACUAUUAUUUUUGUUUGGCAGGUGAAAGACCUAAGGCACAGAACAGGUAAGGAGACCUUCAAGGUCUGUAGGCUGACACAGGCUCAGACUUAAAUGUCGUAAAAUGGGAGUGAAUAAUGUCUUUUAUAAUUUAUAUUGUAUUUUUCUUAUUUGUGUGACAUUAUGUAUAUUGCUUAUUUUGAUAGCCUCAUCAGUUUUACUUAAUUUUCUUUUCAUCCAGUAUUUGAUUCUCAUUGCGAAGUUUAGAUAAUGAGGUUGGAAUACAGGAUCUGUAUCAAGCUACUGUUAGAUUUUUUUAAAUAUUUUAGUGUGCAAUCAUACUAUCUCAGUUGGUGUUUAAAGUUAUAUAAGUAGUCAUGAAAUUUUAAUUCAAUAUUAAGUUUGUAUUUAAUGGAAACCUACCCAUCACAGAGGUUUCCCUUAGUGAAUAUAUUAUACAGUCAUAUUUCAUAUUGUUUCUGCUUAAUAAUUUUAACAAUAGAAAGAGUCUAGGUAUUUCAUAAAAGUUUUUGAAUUUUUUAUUUUCUGAGAUUAUAAUAAUUACAUAAUUUCCUCCUCUUCUUUCCUCCAAACCUUCCCAUUUACCCGUCCUUGCUCUUUUUCAAAUUCUGGUCAGCCAAGAAAACACACAUAACAAAUAACAUUAUAUAGACUGAGUAGGUUGUAAUUAUGUAUUUAGGAAUAUGUGUAUACAUACAUGCAUAUGCUCAUACAGUUUUCUUAUAGCAUGGGAGAAAAUAAUAACUCCCCCUUAGGGGAUACAAAGAAAGCAGUGUUUUUACAUUCAAAAAUAGACUACUUUAAAUGUCAUGGGCUUGCUGAUUCUGUUAGCUGUUUAAUGUAUCUUGAAAUGGCUAAUUCUAGAGUGAAAAUGUAGGACAAAAAGUAAAUUAUUAAUAAUUUAUAAUCAUUAGAAUUUUCAUUGGUGAAUGGAGCUGGUAACCCUGGACUUAACUAAGUACGUAGUUUUAAACUAGGCACUGCAUAUUUUAUCACUGCUAUUUGGUGAUAUUAUUUGCUGUGGGUAUCAAUAAACGUUCACUCUUAUGACUAAAUAUCCAUGUGGAGCAAAAAAGACCAGCAGUUAAACACAGUUGCUCAUUUUCUCAAUGGCUUAGAGGAUUGUCAUCUGCCUUAACGUUACAAGGCCAAUUUAAAUAGGAAUAUAUCCUAUCAUACUCCAAAUAGCAAACAACCUCAGAAGAAAGGCAUUUUUGUGUUGGCCAUCAGUGAGGCACUACAAAUGUAUAAUUAUUUGCACUAAUAUUUGAGCAGAUGGAAUGGAUUAGAAUAUGGUUAACAUUAUUUUGCAGACAUGUAUUUUUCUAUUAAUAUGUACUGUGCAACGUGUUAAAACUGUAAUAUUUAUAUUACUGUGUUUAAGAGGCAGUAUCCAAUUGAGCCACUUUUAAUUAAAAAAUUUGAGACCAGAAUUAUGUUUACAUUCCAGAAAGCACUUAACUUACUUUAUAAACAAAAGAUCAGUAAAACAGACUUACCAUGCCUGCUACUUAAUAAGAGGAAAUACAUAGGGUUGAGAUUGGAGGUAGGAAUCUAGAAUGAGAAAGCUAAAGGCUCAUUUAUACUCAUAACUUUUAUCACUGUUAGCAGUCUUAAAUGAAGAAAAGAUCCCUUCCAUAAUAUCUUUAUAUUAGUAAGCUAGGUGAAGAUUGGGUAGAACCUGUUCCGUAGAACUGAUCUCCUAAGGAAGACUUCCAAAUCGUAGGUUAAACCUGACGAAGUGGGAAACCUUGAUGCCCCUGUAAUCCUAAAUAGGCAAGUGCCCUUCAGUGAGGCUGCUCUUGUGCCUGACAGUCAUCUUUAUCUUCGUUCUGUGGGGAUCUCGGUUUCCAGUUUUCUUGAACUCCGGCCUUUGGUUGUAGCAUUUCUGUCAAAUGUGUGGCUUUUCCUAUAAAGCUAUCCAACUAGAAAUCCAGACACAGUACCAACCUAAAGAAGACUGGGGCUACCUCUACAUAUAUUGUUUGUAAAUACUGUAGGGGACACACACGAAAUUAUGUGACGAUACUUUAUAAAUAUUUUCCUAAGUGCCUAUUAGGAUUCUCCAGUAGAAGGUAUUUUCAAUUUUUACCACAAGGGGGUGAUGUUAUUUUUAUAGUGAUAACUUAUUUUUAUUUAAAAAAUAGAAUUCAUGUAAUUUUACUGAACAUCUGUGAACACUACUGUCAUACACUGAAGGGGUGUGUGUGUGUGUGUGUGUGUGUGUGUGUGUGUGUGUGUGUGUGUGUGUAAUUCAGAAAGUCAUCAAUGAGGAAAAGUCUAAGAAAAUUAAGAGCACAAAAUCCAAACAUGUUUGUAUACAGAGAUGGAUGACUUGAACCAAAUCCACCACAACUAAAAUUGUGUUUUUAGAGUUUUGUAUGUAACAUUGAAUUAUUUGUCAGCUUUUUAAAAAUAAGGAUAUUCAUUGUCUGCAUUCACUUUUUAAUGGGGAAACUUUUGAAAUAAACUCAAGUGUAAAGAAAGAAUUUUAAGGAUGUACCAAACAAAAACUUCCCCUUUGGUGGUAAAUUGCUCCUGUGAUGUUAUCUUGCAAUUCUUUAGCAUUUCCCAGAAGAAGAAUUCUGUCAGACCAUAAUACCGCUGUUGAACUCGGGAAUCUGCUUUGACAUGUAACUGACAUCUAGUCCUCAGACCCCACUUCAGUUUUACAGGUUUGUCUCAAUGUCUCACUCUGGGAUCCAGAUGAAAACCAUGUGAGGCUCCAGAUGAUCUGCAGUUCAUUUGCUUGAACACCUGUUGCUUCUGACUUUUCAAACCCCACCACCACCACUGUGUGGAUUAUAGGCAGUUACUGUGUCCCUGAGUUUGGAUUCCUGUUUGCUCAUGGUUGGAUCCCAGUCAUACUCGUGGGGACCGUCACAGUUGCUCUGCUACACUCUGUUUGCACCCUCUCGGGUCUUCACAGCUCUACCUCAGCCACUUGAGUGCUCAUUAACCAUGUGUUUAGGGACCAGUCCCGCACUGUGUAGGGCUGCUCUUUUCCCUGUAAAAUGAUGUUGUGGGGAGUUGCUUUGUAUGUAGCAGAGUCUAAUCACAAUUUCAGUUAGUACCAGUUUUCUGUUCAAGGGACUCGUGAGGAUUGUCUCUAGUUGGGUCACUGGGAGCCUCUUCAGGUUGGCUCUUGUGCUCCUUUGGCAUUCCCAACAUUUUACAGGCACUGGCUUGCACUCAGUACAACAGACUUUUCUAAGGUCAUUUUGUACUUGUCUACCCUAGCUCUCCCAUCCAAGUACUAACCAGGCCCAACUGUGCUUCACUUCCAGGAUGAGGUAAGAUUGGGCCCCUCCAGGGUAGAGUGGCUGGAGAUUUCCUGCAGCUCUGAAAUCAGUCAUCCUUCUUUUCAGUGGAAAUUGGUACUUGGAAGCCAAGGUUUGUGACUGGUUAUACUCAUUAAAAUGGAGAUGCUGCUGCUUCUAGUGUGUAGUGCUGGGAGCUUUGUGUGAUUAUCUGUACAUGUACUCAUUCUUAAAACACAUAUCCAUGGACAUACACUCCUGCGCCCUCUCCCCCUUUAUCACACACAACCCCAUGAGAUUCAGUGCCCCAUACUGGAUUCCCCAACCCCAUGCAGAGGAGGGAGGGCAUCCUCAUCUUACUCAGCUACUGAAGUAUUGACUUUAGGACCAAAUUGGAAGAACAGGAAUGGUCAUUUUAGAAAUCAUGUAAGUCAAGUGUUGGUGGUGCAUACCUUUAAUCCAAGCACUCAGGAGGCAGAGGCAGGUGGAUCUCUUAGAGGCCAGCCUGAUCUACAAAAUGAGUUCUAGGAUAGCCUGAUCUACAAAAUGAGUUCUAGGAUAGUUGGGGCUACACAAAGAAACCCUGUCUCAAAAAAAAAAAAAAAAGAAAAAGAAAUCAUGUAAAGGUUUUUAAAUUCUAAAUAAAUUAUUCAUAACUUUAUCACUCAAGCAACUAUAUGGGGGGUAUACUGUAGUGAGGGAAAUAGUAAAGGUGAAUUGUUUAUAAAAUGUUACAUUAAAAAGUUAAAAUUUGGAGGCAAAUUUAAAAUGCAUAGCAUGUUUUUCUAUAUCUCUUUACUGCUGUAAUUGCUUAUUUAAUGAUAGAGUGCAUCAUAGGAACUGUGAAUGAAAUUUUAGCUGUUAAAUACUGGAUAAGAUGAUUUUGCUAAUAAAUUCCAAAGGAAAAAAUGA